AUGCCCGCCAUAGGCUACGGCACGUGGCAGGGCGAGCCGGGCAAGGUCAAGGCCGGAGUAGCUUACGCUCUGAAGAUUGGCUAUAAGCUGGUUGACUGCGCUUAUUGCUACGGCAAUGAGGAGGAGGUCGGCCAAGGCCUGAAGGAGGCUUUCGAGUCUGGGAUCAAGCGUGAGGAUAUCUUUGUCGUCACCAAGAUCUGGGCUACCUACACAACUCGUGUGGAGCUGGGUCUGGAAAAGAGUCUGAAGAACCUCGGGCUGGACUAUGUCGACCUUCUUCUUGUGCACUGGCCGGUUUUGGCGAACCCUGAGGGUAACGAUGACAAAUUUCCUAAGCUCCCCGAUGGUUCGCGAGACAUGAUCCGGAGUCACAACCAUGUGGACACCUGGAAACAGAUGGAAGCCGUCUUGGAGACCGGCAAGACAAAGGCUAUUGGUGUUUCUAACUACAGCAAGAGAUACCUUGAGCAGCUCAUUCCGGUUGCCAAGGUGCUUCCCGCCGUGAACCAGAUUGAGAACCAUCCUGCCCUACCCCAGCAGGAGAUCGUUGAUCUUUGCAACGAGAAGGGUAUUCACAUCAUGGCUUAUAGCCCUCUUGGCAGCACAGGCAGCCCUCUCACGAAAGUGGACGCCGUUACCAAGAUCUCCCAAAAGCACAACACCAAGCCGACAACUGUUCUUCUUAGCUAUCACGUUGCUCGAGGUAGCACUGUGCUGGCCAAGUCUGUUACGCCAGAGAGAAUCAAGGAGAACUUCGAGAUAGUCAAGCUGGACGAUGAGGAUAUGAAGCUACUCAACGACUACUCAGAUAAGUUGACAAAGGAGGGCAAGCUGAUGCGCUUCGUCUACCCGCCAUUUGGCAUUGACUUUGGUUUCCCGGACAAGUCAUGA